UGUCAGAAGAGACGGGGGACGGCUUCUAGAGAUUCGUGACACUAAGAAUUCAUAAGACAGGUUAAACCGACGAUUACUACUUUCGAUGCAGAGAAAACAAGUCUCCCCCAACAUUACGAAAACAUCUGCCUACGCGCGCUGACGUUACCGCCCGCGCUGAAGGGUGGGGACCGAGCGGCGCUCCUGCACGUGACGCCAGCGCAUCUUUGCGAUUGGCCGCCUCGGGGGCGCGGAGCUCGGGCGCGGACGCCUCGGAUUGGUGUUUCGGGGCAGCGGGGUGGGACUUUGGCUGCAGCCGCGGGAGGUCCGGACACUGGCGGCCAUGGGACUUGCCGGUACUAGACGACACAUAACCGAGUUGCUGUAAGGACAAAUGCCUAAACCAUCUCAGCAUGGCUUAUAGAGGAGGAGGUGGGCGUGGCCAGCCCUCCUCAUCUCUGCGCUCCUGUGUUAGCCCUGGAAGUCUCUCGACAUGUAGGACCCGUACCCAUAAUAUAUGCAUGGUGUCGGACUUUUUCUAUCCUAACAUGGGAGGCGUGGAAAGCCACAUUUACCAGCUCUCUCAGUGCCUGAUUGAAAGAGGGCACAAAGUCAUAAUUGUCACCCAUGCUUAUGGAAAUCGGAAAGGCAUCCGUUACCUCACUAAUGGCCUCAAAGUCUAUUACUUGCCUCUGAAAGUCAUGUACAACCAAUCUACAGCCACGACCCUCUUUCACAGUCUGCCAUUGCUCAGGUACAUAUUUGUUCGGGAGAGAGUCACGAUAAUCCAUUCACAUAGUUCUUUUUCUGCCAUGGCCCAUGAUGCCCUCUUCCACGCCAAGACAAUGGGGCUCCAGACAGUCUUCACGGACCAUUCCCUUUUCGGAUUUGCUGAUGUCAGCUCGGUGCUUACAAACAAGCUUCUAACUGUGUCUCUUUGUGACACAAACCACAUAAUUUGUGUCUCUUAUACUAGUAAGGAAAACACUGUGCUAAGAGCAGCACUGAAUCCUGAAAUAGUGUCCGUCAUUCCUAAUGCUGUAGAUCCUACUGACUUCACUCCAGACCCAUUUAGGAGGCAUGAUAGUAUAACUAUUGUUGUUGUCAGCAGACUUGUUUACAGAAAAGGGACUGAUUUGCUUAGUGGUAUAAUACCUGAACUCUGUCAGAAAUAUCCAGAUUUAAAUUUCAUAAUUGGAGGAGAGGGACCUAAGAGAAUCAUUUUGGAAGAAGUACGAGAAAGGUACCAGCUGCAUGACAGAGUGCGUCUUUUGGGAGCCUUAGAACACAAGGAUGUUAGAAAUGUCUUAGUUCAAGGACAUAUUUUUCUUAAUACUUCCCUUACUGAAGCAUUCUGCAUGGCAAUUGUGGAAGCAGCCAGUUGUGGUUUACAGGUUGUAAGUACCAGGGUUGGUGGAAUUCCUGAAGUACUUCCAGAAAAUCUUAUCAUUCUAUGUGAGCCUUCUGUCAAGUCCUUGUGCGAGGGUUUGGAAAAAGCGAUUUCCCAGCUGAAGGCGGGAGCAUUGCCGGCUCCCGAAAAUAUCCAUGAUGUAGUAAAGACUUUCUACACCUGGAGGAAUGUUGCGGAAAGAACUGAAAAAGUGUACGACCACGUGGCAGGAGAAGCUGUGUUACUGAUGGACAAACGACUGGACAGACUCAUCUCUCACUGUGGCCCAGUAACAGGCUGCAUUUUUGCUUUGUUGGCUGUAUUCAACUUUCUCUUCCUCCUUUUCCUGAGAUGGAUGACUCCAGAUUCUAUCAUCGAUGUUGCAAUAGAUGCCACAGGGCCCAAGGGCUCCUGGACUCAUCAAUAUCCUUACAGUAAAAAAGGGGGCGAGAAUAAUGAGAUGUCUAAACCCAGGUAGAAGAAAGCCUGGAUUGUAAGGUUUUACACAUUUGUAAUAGUUCUAGUAAGAUGAUUGAAAAUAACCUUCCCUUUUUCUUGCUUUUUUUUAACAUUAAUUUAGUAAGUUAUGCUACCUCUCUAUCAUUCAAUGUUUUAUUUUGAGGAAAGAUAAAAACUUAUGCAAUUCCUGAGUGUAGAAACUCCUUGCACUUACUUAAGAUUUAGGAGAGAACAUUGAAGCCACUCAGGUAUGAAAUUUUUCAGACUACUGAAGUCCCUCUAACAGAGAUGUUUUAAAAUUAUAUUUUGGGAGCUUUUGGGUGCUGAAGGGCCAAAUGUUUUCUGGGCAUUUUUUGGCCAAUUUUAAAUGUUCUACCAUUAAUUAGACAUUCACCAGAUGUUUACAGGUUUUCUUUUGGGAAGUACAACAACGAUAUGAACUAUUUUUGAGUCUUCAUAAACAUUUUAGUCAUUGAAGUCAUGUUCUUAGACAUUCGUUUGGUGCGCUCAGUAAGUGUUACCGACCGUCAGCGGGAUUCUUGAGCAAAAUGGUCCAUCAGUUAUGAGCAUGUUUUAAGCACCUACUGUGUGUAGAAAAAUGAACUAGACACAUCCUGCUGUUAUGGACCAGGGGCGCAUCCAGAUGUUCUUUGUGUAUCUCUUGGGUGGCUCACUUCACCAUAGUCACAGUUAACAAAAUGGUAAACUGUCUGACAUGCCAAAAACACUCAGGCUUCCAAUGCCAGG